UCUUCACUUGGAGCAGAGUCAGUGUAGGAACAAAGAAAUGGAUUUUGAUUUGCCUCCAAAAUCACCCUUUAGUGGGAUUCACUGGGAAUAUGUGCUGCCUCACCUGAACGGGAGCCCGGGACCUUCCUCUUGGACUCCAGCUGAGCUGCUGAUUCCAGUUACUGAGCAUGCCGGGGCAGCACAGGUUGUUUGUGACCACAAUGGGUUUACAGUGCAGCUCGACGUGAAGCACUUCAGCCCUGAGGAGCUUGUGGUCAAAGUGAAGGGGGACUAUGUUGUGGUGGAGGGAAAGCAUGAAAAAAGAAAGAAUGGCUCAGGGUUGGUGACCCGGGAGUUUAACCGUCGCUACCGCAUCCCAGACGGAGUGGACAUCCUGGCGUUAGAGUCGGCAAUGUCGCCAGAAGGAAUGCUGGUGAUUUCUGCACCCCUGCUUCAGGGAGAAAACUCCAGACCACUCUCACACUCUGGACCAUGAACAACAGAGAACAUUCAAACAUCAGGCACUGAUGGGGAGAACAGGCCAAACUAAUGGACCAGUCACUAACGCUGCUGCAGUUCAGUCCCAAGCCACGUUUCACCCACACUCAAAAUGACGAAGAAAAACAGACCAAGUCUCCCCUCUGCCAAUUCCAAACAUGCUUGAUAGUAAGCCAAACAACACGGCACUAAUCCUUUUUGCUUUGGCAUGUUCAUACAGUUAGGCUCUCAUGACUUAGGAAGCCUUUUGAUCCAAAUCCAUCUCAAUUUCCACCGUGAUCUAAUUUUCUAAUUAUUUCCAUUUAAUGACAUUGCACAUAUCAGAGAUGACGGGCUUCUCAGACUUAGCAGUUGCAGUACUGACUGAAUUGUGAUUGAGGAGUCCAAGAGUGUACAUAGAUAUUGCUAAAUUAUUUGUGUUUUAUAGAUGUUGUGUGAAUUCUUAUUUUAUGCACUGUUUUGACUAAUGCAUUGUGAAAGUCUUUAAAUAUAUAUAUAUUUUUCCAAAUCAUUUUAUUAACACUGUAAAUUACAUUUACAUAAAUAUUUCACACACAAAUGAAAUGCACUGUAUUGAUUUCCUAAGAAUAAACUUGAUUGUGUUUGUG